CGUGCGUUAACCAAAGAUAUUACUAUCUAACGUUAGGCCUAACUUUUGAUAUAUGCAAGGUAAAAAAGAAAGUUAGUUACAAAGCUAAAAUUUGUGAAAAUGAAUAGUGGUAUAAGUAAAUUAUUCGGUUUUCCACGAAGUUCUUUCUAUUUAACAAUUAUCAAUCGACCAUUACGGCAAAACAAGCAAUACGUAUCAAGGCUACCUCAAGUCUCAUUUUCAGUACAUUCAUGUAGAUACUGUAGUACAGAAGUUUUAAAACACCCAGAGGCUUCUGGUGCUGAAAAAAUGUAUCCAGUAAAAAUACAAAAGAUUGUGGAGGAUAUAGCCCAACUUACUCUUAUUGAAGUUGCUGACUUAAAUGAACUUCUUAAGAAAACAUUAAAUAUCCAGGAUACUCCUGUUAUGGCUAUGGGAGCUAUGCCAAUGGGAGGUGUGGCAACUGCCCCUGCAGAGGAAGAAGAGGAGGAAGCACCUAAGACGGCCCAAACAUCUUUUAAAGUUAAACUAGUGAAAUUCAAUGAUUCUAAGAAAGUUGCUCUGAUCAAAGAAAUAAAAAACAUCUUAGAAGGAAUGAAUCUUGUGCAGGCUAAAAAAUUUGUUGAAAGUGCACCUAUAGUGGUUAAAGCAGAUAUUCCGAAAGAUGAAGCCGAGAAACUGAAGGAAGCCCUAGAGGCAGUAGGUGCAACCUGUGAGGUAGAAUAAAAAAAAUCGGCAGAUGGAAACGAAAGGAAAAUGUGUUAAUACAGAAACAGUAGUGUUAGGAAGUGACUUCUAUUAUCAUUAAAAAUGCCAUUUCAAGUAAGAUAAUUAUGUGCUGGUUUCUUCUGUGCAGAAACAACUUUAAUACCAAGUGAAAUAGGUAUGGAAUAUUUUGAAGCACGUGUAUUAUACAUUACUUACACUGUAGAAAGCUUCAUGCAUUUGUCUGCCACAUCAUACAAAAAGUGUAAUGGCUAAUAUCUGUUUUUUGUUAGUAUAGAAUAAAUUUCUUUUUCAAA